AUGUAUUACAGCCACUCUCGAGAUGCUACUAAUAGAUCCAUUCAGAAAUACCGCACCAUCCAUCCAUAA